UUAGCUGACUGAAGAGACGGUGGAGGGACUGCAGGGCCGUAAUAACUGCCAAUCCCAAAUAUGGAAUUGUGCGAGAGGCUAAGAAAGCGAAGCGCAGUAAAACCUCGGCUCCGCUCUACGGUCUGCAUUAAACGGUGUAAUCUCUGCGGUGUGAGUCACUAUUCUUACCGUAAUGCUUGACAAUUCGCGAAGGCGUGAUGUCAACUCCGCAGCGUAAGGGCCUGCUCUCUCCUAAAGGCACAAGCACAGAAUUUUUCGCAGCCAUUUCUGCGAUCAUACCUACGUACUCUCACAUUGAGAUUGAAAGGUAUCUCGUUGCGGAUGAGGGUGGCACGAGCCAUUAUUUUGUCGAAGUCGUAGAUGACAAAGGCCCCACAAUCUAGGGAUCCCCACAGCCCACAGUUUGCACACGUAAGAGAGACUAAACUGCAAGUGACGACAUGCCAUAACAAGCAAAUCAACCGCCCAUUGAAACAUCAAAGUGUUCUAACUUUGGCAGAGUCUUCAAUGAGUGAAGGAAAUGACUCACAUAAGGCCACAGUGGUCGGGAGCUCAAUGACGCCUUGGCUGACAUCAUUGACGCAUCGAGCUCUCGCAACUUUGGCCAAAAAGGCGGAACUUCUUCGUAACGGGCUAGCUCGCCGACAAUGUAGGAAUCGUCUGUGCAGAAGUCGAAUACAACCCCAAAUUGCUCAUCAGGACUUAUUGGUUCUGGGGACUUUGUGGCUCACCGAAGGGUACGUCGUCACAGAUCCGUCCCGAAUCGGGUGUCAU